AUGGCAACGUCAAAAGUGCCAAGUCCAACAAACGUGGUUGGAGCUACAACUGCAAAACGAGCAAGAACAAAACUCGAUACCAUUCGUCAAAUUGAAAAGCAAAUGCAAAAAUUAUGGACUAGUUUAAAACUAUUUGAAGCUGAUGCACCGGAUGAUAUUACUAAUAAUUCGAAUACAUUUUUGGUAACAUUUCCCUAUCCAUAUAUGAAUGGUUGCCUUCAUUUGGGCCAUACAUUUUCAUUAUCUAAAUGCGAGUUUGCUGUUGGUUUUCAACGUCUUCGUGGCAAACAUUGUCUGUUUCCAUUUGGAUUUCAUUGUACAGGCAUGCCUAUUCGAGCUGCUGCCGAUAAGUUGAAAUGUGAAAUAGAAGAAUAUGGUUUUCCACCGCAAUUUCCUAUUGAUACAAAUCAAAAAGAUGAAGACGACAAAACAUCAACUCCGAAACACAGUGAAAAUAGCAAAACCGAUAAUAAGUCGAAGAGCAAAAAAAGUAAAGCAACAGCUAAAAGUGGGGGCGGAAAAUAUCAAUGGCAAAUAAUGCGUAGUUUGGGAAUUAAUGAUGACAAUGAAAUUCGACGAUUUGUUGAUCCGCAAUAUUGGAUUUCGUAUUUUCCAACUCAUGUUAAACAUGAUCUUGAAAUGAUGGGUUUAAAAGUUGAUUGGCGUCGUUCGUUUGUAACAACUGAUAUUAAUCCAUUCUAUGAUUCAUUUGUUCGUUGGCAAUUUCAUCAUUUAAGACAAGGUGGUAAAAUUCAAUUUGGAAAACGAUAUACAAUUUAUUCGCCUAAAGACAAUCAGCCAUGCUUGGAUCAUGAUCGUAAUAGUAAUGACGAAGGCGUAGACCCACAAGAAUAUACAUUAAUUAAACUUCGCAUUCAUGAUGAUCAUAUACCAGCCAAAUUAAAAUCUCAUGUAACAUCAACAACGACUGGUGUCUACUUAGCUGCAGCUACUCUUCGACCAGAAACAAUGUAUGGUCAAACAAAUUGUUGGCUUCAUCCCGAUAUUACUUAUGUAGCGUUUGAAACAUGUUUACAUGGCAUUCUGAUUUCUACGCGGCGUGCAGCUCUUAACAUGGCGUAUCAAGAAUUUACACAUGUCUAUGGUCAAUAUACUAUUUUAGCUGAAUUUCUCGGUACAGAACUAUUCGGAUUGCCAUUACAUGCGCCACUUUCACAUUAUGAAACAGUUUACGUAUUACCUAUGAUGACAAUUAAAGAAGAUAAAGGCACAGGUGUUGUCACAUCAGUGCCAAGCGAUUCGCCAGAUGACUAUGUUGCUUUAAUGGAUAUUAAAAAUAAAGUCAAUUUACGAGAAAAAUACAAUAUAGAAGAAUCUAUGGUGUUACCUUAUGAUCCCGUGCCGAUUAUUGAACUUGAGCCGUAUGGUCGUCUUGCAGCAUCUACGAUUUGUAAUCAAAUGAAAAUUCAAUCGCAGAAUGAUGGUGGUAAAUUAUUAGAAGCUAACGAAGAAAUUUAUACAAAAUCAUUUUCUGACGGAAUACUUGUAGUUGGUAAAUAUACAAAUACUAAAGUAUCUGACGCCAAAAAGCGUGUUCGAACGGAUUUAAUUACAAAUGGACAAGCAUGUGUUUAUUAUGAACCAGAAAGAAAAGUUGCUUCUCGAUCAAAUGAUGAAUGUGUUGUUGCUCUUGUUGAUCAAUGGUUUCUUGACUAUGGUAAUGAGAAUUGGAAACAAGAAGUUAAACAUGCGUUAGAUAAAAUGAAUGUUUAUCAUACAGAAACACGUAAUCAAUUUGAAGGCGUUCUCAGUUGGUUGCAUGAACAUGCUUUUUCACGCUCCUAUGGUUUAGGAACAAAAUUACCUUGGGAUGAACAAUAUCUAAUUGAAUCAUUAUCUGAUUCGACUAUUUAUAUGGCCUAUUAUACUGUUGCUCAUCUUUUACAAGAACCAGAUUCUUUUAGUGGUGAAAAAUUAGGUCCAGCACAUAUUCAUCCGUCUCAAUUGACGAUUGAAGCUUGGGAUUAUAUAUUUUUUCCUGAAAGAUCUUAUUCAUCGUUAACAACAGAUAUUCCUCGUAAAAUACUUGAUCAACUUCGUAAUGAAUUUCAAUAUUGGUACCCAGUCGAUUUACGUACAAGUGGCAAAGAUUUAAUUCCAAAUCAUCUUACCUAUUCGAUAUUUAAUCAUACAGCUGUUUGGCCUAAUCAUCCAGAAUUGUGGCCACGUUCGUUUCGUGCUAAUGGUCAUUUAUUAUUGAAUUCAGAAAAAAUGUCAAAAGCAAAUGGCAACUUUUUGACAUUAAUAGAAGCAAUUGAAAAAUUUUCAGCAGAUGGUAUGCGUCUGACAUUAGCUGAUGCUGGUGAUUCAAUUGAAGAUGCAAAUUUUGAAGAAAAAAUGGCUGAAGCACAGCUGUUGAGUCUUUAUAAAUGCAUUGAAUGGGUUAAAGAAGUACUUCAUAUUGAUGCGGGAGAUACUGAAGAAGUAAAUAAUAAAUCAAAACAUUCAUCCGAUGAUACUACCACAAUUGAUUUAUCAACUGAUGAAAUAGUUAAAAACAAAUUUCCUUCUUCGUCUAGUAUCGAUAAAACAAAUACAGAUAGUAAUAAACAACAAACAAUGAACUAUCGAACAGAUAGUCAAUAUAAUUAUUAUGAUCGUGUAUUCGAAUCUGAAAUAAAUCUUGCGAUUCAAUUAGCUGAAGAAAGUUAUGAAAAAAUGUUAUAUAAAGAUGUUCUUAAAUAUGGAUUUUUUCAAUUACAAACAGCACGUGAUAAUUAUCGAGAAUUAUGUUCCGAAUCUGAACAAAUGAAUUUAAAUUUAAUUAAACGAUUUAUUGAAGUACAAACUAUUAUAUUGUCACCCAUUUGUCCACAUGUUUGUGAUUAUUUAUAUCAAUUACUUUAUCCUGGAAAAACAAUUAUGAAUGCUAAAUGGCCAACCGCUGGUAAAGUCGAUCAAUCAUUGGUUGAUUCAUGCGAUUAUUUAAUGAAAACUGUGCAUGCUUUUCGUGUUUGUUUGAAAUCUUAUACAACGCAAAAGAUAAAAGCGAAAUCGGAAGUAACAAUCAAUCAACCACCAUUAAUACCAACACAUGCAAUAAUCUAUAUAGCAAGUUCAUAUCCAGCAUGGCAAAAAUUUGUCAUGAAAGAAUUAAAAGAACUGUUUCUUGCAAAUAAUCAUUCAUUACCUGAUAAUAAACAAUUAGCUGGUCAUUUUCAAAAUCGACCUGAAAUCGAUAGCCGGCACCAAAAAUACGUCAUGCCAUUUGUUAAUGAUUGGAAAAAAUUAUUCGAAAAAUCUAAUGAUAUAACAUCAUUUGGUCAACGAUUGUCAUUUGAUGAAUGUGAAAUUUUAAAAUCCAAUCAAGAUUUCCUCCGACGUGCACUGAAUAUCAAACAUAUUGAUAUUCGUUUAACUAAUGAUACAACGAUGUUAAACAAUUUCGAAGAUAUUGUGCCUGGUAAACCACUUAUCUAUUUUCAUCAUGAACCAUCGAUAUGA